AUGCCUACCUUUAAUCUAAUAUUGAAAGCUGAGCUAGAAAACGUAGAAUCGAUUUCUGCGUCGGACAGUACCGUCUGGCCGAUGAAAAUCGAGUGCACGCGUUGUCAGACCGUAAGUCCCAAUCUCCUCUAUGUUUCUGCGGAGGAGUCGGUCGAGAUCCCAGGCGCGAGAGGGGAAUGCAACUGUUUGUACACUUGCAAAGAGUGCCGUCAAGCUAUCCGAAUUGAUGUCACGAAGAAGUCGCUGACUCCAUAUACUGAAUCUGAAAAGCCUUGCAAAAUUGUCUCGUUUGAGGAUGGAUUCACGAUCACUUCAACAGGAGGGGCGGAAUUCAAGCAAGUUGAUUUGCACGAAGAUUUUGCUGACUAUGAUGGUUUGAGUUUUGCAUGUCUAUCACAGCUAGAGGAUGCGGGAGAGGCGGUCUCGGUAAUGAACGUGGAGUGGAAGUUUGAGUAA